CAUAAGACUCGAAGAUCUCUCUUACCUCAACUUCUAUCUCCCUCGUUGGAACCCCCCUUUUUCUUUUUCUCUACACCUUUAUUAUAUCUGUUCGAAAAUGCUUCUUUACGAAGAUGUCAUCUCCGGUGAUGAGAUGUUUUCCGAUGCGUUUCCUAUGAAAGAGGUGGAUGGCAUCGCCUAUGAAGUAGAUUGUCAGAUGAUCACACUCAAGGAGGGCAAUGUCGAUAUCGGUGCUAACGCCUCAGCUGAAGAACAGGAAGAAACACUCGAGGAUGGGGCGAUUACAGUUAACAAUAUCGCCCAUUCCUUCCGUCUUCAAGCUACCGCUUAUGACAAAAAAGCAUAUCUUUCUCAUCUCAAGGCUUACAUGAAGGCUGUAGCGGACAAAUUGAAAGACCCUAGUGUGGUUGAUGAAUUCAAGACCAAGGCAAAUGUCUUUGCCAAGAAGAUAAUCGGUAAUUUCAAAGACUAUGAAUUUUACACUGGCGAGAACAUGAACGCUGACGGAAUGGUAGCCUUGUUGAACUACCGGGAGGAUGGAGUCACCCCCUACUUCACCUUCUGGAAGCACGGUCUCAAGGAAGUCAAACUGUAAUACUUGUUUUCAAAUCGAUAGCUUCCAUCACUUUAUAUUAGAGCAAUCGUACGAGUCGCUCCACUUACACCCCCAUGAAU